AGAGCGCACGGGUGCUGCGCGUCAAGUGGAUCCUUCUUUUCAGUUCUCACUCCUCGACUCCUCCUCUCGGAUGUUGGAUGCGGUUGUCCCCCGCGUCAAGGACCCAGCACGUGUGACGGACUAACCCCACCAUGGAGGCUGUGGGCAGCCGCUGCAAGAUCGUGGUGGUCGGGGACACGCAGUGUGGGAAAACGGCGCUGCUGCACGUUUUUGCCAAGGACUGUUACCCAGAGAACUACGCGCCCACAGUGUUUGAAAACUACACAGCCAGUUUUGAGAUCGACAAACAUCGGAUUGAGCUGAAUAUGUGGGACACGUCAGGUUCCUCUUAUUAUGACAACGUGAGGCCGCUGGCGUAUCCCGACUCGGACGCUGUUCUCAUCUGUUUCGACAUCAGCCGGCCGGAGACGCUGGACAGCGUCAUUAAGAAGUGGCAAGGAGAGACGCAAGAGUUUUGUCCGAAUGCCAAAGUGGUUUUGGUGGGCUGUAAACUGGACAUGAGGACCGACGUGAACACCCUGAGGGAACUCUCCAAGCAGAGGCUGAUCCCCGUCACUCAUGAGCAGGGAAGCACAAUAGCCCGUCAGAUGGGGGCGGUGGCCUACGUGGAGUGCACCUCGAAGGUUUCUGAGAACAGCGUUCGGGACGUGUUCCACAUCACCACCCUGGCGUCGGUGCAGCGGCCGCACAAGCCGCAGCUGAAGCGCAGCAGUUCCCGCAGAGGUCUGAAGCGAGUGUCGCAGCUCCCUCUGCCACCUCUGCCGGGUCGGACUGAGCAAAUGGACCAGGCCCCGGCCAUCAGGAAGGACCGCGCCAAGAGCUGUAUACUCAUGUAGAAGCCCAGCUUCAGAAGAUAUGCAGUGUAUAUGUACAUACAUCAAACAGAAGUAUAUAAAAGAGAAGUAUAUUUAUUGGUUCUUUUUGUGUGCAUCUUUAAUUUUUGCACAGUACACGAGUGAGAACAGAGAAUCAACGCACUGUGGAAACGAAUGCUUUGGAUUCUUUUUCUGUUUUUUUUUUUUCAUAUUUUGUGCAUUUUUUUUUUUUUUAAAUAAGCAGUUUGCUUAUUUGUGUUUGGAAACAACGGCAAAUUGGACUCGCCCUCUGGACAUGCGGAAGCUGCGAUAGUGGAAGCGCGGUCUGGUCCAGGGAAUUAAAGUGGAAUUAAUUUCCUGAAAGAGCACGACGACGCGAUGAAGACGAGGCGCGAGAGAAAAGCCAUGUUGAUGCAGAU